CCUGUUACGGUUCCGUUUGUUCAAUCAAUUUUGAAUCUUUUUCACUUCAUGUUGAGAUUUAUAGAAUUUUAUUUGUUUUUCGCAAUAGAAUUUUAAAAAUAUGUCGACUCACUUGGCUAAUGCUUACGCAUUUUUAUUACGUGCAUAUGGUGAAUCCUACACACUUAUAUAUUCCGAACCUCCAAGUUAUUUAUCAAAAAUUGUGGGACAGGACAAAUGUGGCGGCAAAGUUGUGUUCAUUUAUCAAGAGGAUCGCAGCAAAACUGACCAUAUUUAUGCAUCACCAACCAAAUUACUUAUGGUAAAAGAUGACGCGGAUAAAAGAGAUAUGGACCUCACUGGCAGUCCGCUGAAAGAUGAUUGUGUGGUUGAGGCCAUAGAAGAUAUGUCUUUAAAUAUAAAGAUAGAUGAAGGAAAUACGUGGAAAAUGGAAGAAGAAUGCCAGAAAGGAAUUUCCAUUGAAAAAGCCCGUUAUAUAAUGUGUAAGGAGGAUUUUCAGUUUGUAGAUCGUGACGCAAAAGGCUCAAUAUGGAUUCUUUGUAAUGGAGCUGAUGUGGAUAGAACGCUUUUAUUACAAUAUGAAUUUUCUCCCAGUUAUUUUAGUCGAGGCAUAAUUACUUAUUCUGGUGUGAUACAUGUUGACGAAGUAAAUGCACAAUCCAUAAUGCGUCAACACCUCUCUCUUAAAAGUAGAACUUCAACUGGACAAGUGGAAACUUACAUUGAGAACAUAUAUCAAAUAAAAUCCAACAUUUCUGUGCGUUGUUGUUGGUCCUCUACUGCUGCUUUACCUUCUCUAAUUGAUCUAACAUCAUGUGAAGUGACUCUGCGGCAAACUUUUCGGCUGGAAGCUUGUAAUGAGUUAACAGAAGACUUGAUGAAUCAACUGCGUAUAUUGACCGUGAUAAAAAAUGAUAUAAUAUCGUACAAAAAUUUAGAUAACUGUGAUGCUGAGGGAAGAAGUGAAGCUCUUGUCUACCGCUGUGGUUGUGGAAUAGAUAUAGGUGAACUGCGAGAAAGUAUAAACAGAGCAGUUACCGAAAUGGCUGGUCUACAUGAGAUGGAUAGCGCAGAGAGUGGUAACGAGUGCGAUAUAGAAUCGGUUGUGCAACGCAUUAAGAUCAGGCGACUUACCGAUCUCACCGAUAAAUUGUGGGAAAUUUUAAAACGUUGCUCUUCAUACAAAGAUCUAAAAAUGGCGUUCACGCUGCUAUUUAAGUGCGCGGCUCACUGCAAUAUUGUGAAUACGCCAACAAACAAGAAUAGACUGGCUGAAAUCAUUACCGAGGUUGCGAAUAAACGCUUGGCCAUACCAUGUCUCACGGGCACCGAACCAUUGGAACUGCUAUUAGAAAUCGGCUUGGAGAAACUGUACAGAGACUAUGAACUCAUAUUUGAUGAAAGCAAAAUAUGUAGUCCCAACGAUUUGAAACAUAAAAGUCUUUUUGAUUCGCCACAUAAUGAUGAGAAAGGGGCAAUGCCAAAUGUGCGCAAGUCACUGCGCAACGCUGUGCGUCCAGACCCGGUGGCGAUGCGCAAGACAUUGUUGCAUAAUAAAGCAAAAGGAGAUAGUAAAUUCGACCACGAUGAAACCGUAGGGUUUAAGAAUAGUAGCUUUGAUGAAAUAGAGGUGUCAGAGCGUCUCGCCAAACUAUUACAAGUGCAUUGCGCUUUGGAACACUUGCUUAUGAUACAUGUCAAUCUGAAUUUGACUAACGUAUAUAGCGAGGUGUGUGAGCAACUUUUAAGCAAACCUCUGCGUUUUCUCGAUAAUAUUGAUGAGAACUUAGUGGAUGAAAUAGAGAUAUCUCUAUCUGCACAUGAUGUGCGCGAACAUUUGGAAAGCAAAGUUCCACAAAUGCGCCGCAUAUCAAUGCGUUCGGAAAACAAAUUUCGAGAAGUAAAAUCCACAUUCUACUACAACAUGAAUAACAUUUGCCCUCCUGCUGUUUCAGAAUUUUUUCAAUCCGAAGACAAGGAAGCUAGUAAAGAGAUCACUUAUUAUAGCUGGAUGUAUCAUAAAAUCAAAACAUUGCAAUAAUGUCAUUUAUCAAUUUAAUUAUAUACGAACAUUGAAAUAAGCAAAGCUUAAUGUUCGAACUCGAUAUUAUAUAUAUAUCAAUAAAAAUGAAAACAAAAAAUAAUUAUCGAUUUAGUUAUUAAUUUCAAGCUUAAAGAGCAAUAGGAAGGGGAUGGUUUUUUUUUGAACUCUUGUUUUGAUCGCCACAUUCUAAACAGCUUUGGCAUUAAAUAAUAAAUAAUUAACGGUCUUAAGUGAAAGUGCAUUUUCAUGUAAAAGAUGGCAUCCAGACGCUUCCAAAUCAGACGCAGACGACGUGCAGAUAUAAAUUGCAUUGAAUGUGGAAUGCGCACCAACAAAAAUGGUUAGAAAGUGUACGCAAUAGUUGGCAAUAUCCGAACAAUGCGCCACAAUAUGGUUCAAUCCAAUUAGUGUGCAGGUUAAGCUGCUUUCAUUUACAUAAGUAUUUGAAGUGCGCCUCAGAGCUAACAAGUAUCAGAACGACAGUUGAAGUGCUGAGGUCCGGACGUGUUUCAGCACAAAGCAAAAUACUUUGAACAUACGGUGCAAAUUGAACAAAAUACAUUUAUUUUUGUGAAAAAAUCCUUAAGUGUCCUGUUUCAAUAGCAAACACUGUUCGGAUUACUAAUAAUAUUCGGCGAGACACGACGUUACAAUCAGCAUUAACAACUUGUCCUCAGCGCUUUUAGCAAAAUUACAAAAUAUCGUGUGUGCAUUUUUAACUUAUAUUAGAAAAACUUAAAUUGAAGGAGUCGGGGCACAGUCGAAAUAUAUAAAAAAAGUAAAAAGUACUCGGAUAUUA